GGAAACCUGAAAGUCACGAAUUGCUUGUAAGCUUUUCAAAAGCCAUAACAUGUUAUCACUCUCAAAAACAGUUCAUGGACUCCAAGUUUACUGAUGAGCGUAAACCUGUAUGAAAAAUCACGAAUUAAAAAUCUUGCAGAUGAACGUGAUCAUAUACAAAAAUGUUUGUUUACCAACUGGAUUAAUGCUCAAUUAGACGGAGUCUUUUCAUCGGAAUUUCUCACUUAUCUAUCUUAUCCAAAUGAUCUACAUAAUAGUUGGGCAUAUCAUAAUAGUUCAAUGAAUAGAUUAACACAUUCACCAUCAUGGGAAACAUCAUCAUCUACACAUAGAUCAUAUGCUAUUGGACAUACUUAUUUAGUGAAAGAACUAUAUAAUGAUUUACGUGAUGGAAGAAUUUUACUUCGCUUAUUAGAAUUACUUUCAGGAAAACAAUUUACAAGAAUUAACCACAGCAGAAUGCGAAUUCAUCAAUUGGAGAACAUCAAUAAGGCACUUGAUUUUCUUUAUGAAGAAGGAGCACAUCUUGAAAAUGUCGGUGCACAAGAUAUUGUCGAUGGUAACCCAAGAAUUACAUUAGGUCUAAUAUGGACAAUUAUAUUACAUUACCAGGUUCAGGAUAUCGUUGUCAAAGAAUCAGAUGAAACUGGUGAGGUUAGACAUGCAAGAGAUGCUUUACUUCUUUGGUGCCAGCUUAAAACAGCUGGAUAUCCUCAAGUUGAAGUUGUUGAUUUUACAAAAAGUUGGCGAGACAGUUUAGCAUUUGCAGCUUUACUACAUCGACAUUAUCCAGAUUUGAUUGAUUAUGAACGAAUACGUCAUAUUGGUAGUUUACAAGUACGGCUAGAAAUUAUCUUUCAACGAGCAUAUCUACAUUUAGGCAUACCAAUACUAAUCGAACCAAAAGAUUUUACUCAAACAUGUUGGCUAGAAGAACGUUGUGUAAUGACUGUUGUUGCGACUUGGUAUCGUUAUUUAACCAGUUCACAUAAUACAAAAUUAUCAUCGGAACGUGUUAGUAAAGUGAUUCAACACAGCUUAAUUAUAAGUCACAAAAUAUUUGAUUACAUCAAACAAGCAAAACGAUGGCUUAAAUGGUCAAAUGUAAAUAUUAAGCAGAUUAAACAGUUGCUAAUUAAGCUACAAGAAUCGAAUCAAAUUAGGAAUGAAUUGGAUGUAAAGCAAGAAUUACAGAAUUUAAUGAUUUGGCGCCGAAAGGAAAAAGCAGAAAAAAUGUCUGAACUAGUCCAAUUAGAAACCCUGUUAACUGAAAUUCACACUAGUCAGUUGGCUGAAUCACAUCGAUUAUUCAAACCGCCAAAUGGUUUCAGCCUCAAUGACUUAGAAGAAUCUUGGAAAUGUUUAAUCACAGUUGAACAUAACUGUCAUUUGGCUAUUGUAGACGAAUUAAUUCGCCGAGAAAAUGUAAGUCUAUUAGGCAUAAAAUAUGAACGUAAAAUUGAAUUAUGCUUGAAUUGGUUACAAGAGAAUAUGCAAAUUAUUAAUUUAGCAUCACAAACUGAAGACAUGAAAUUUUUAGAACAAAUGAAUUUAUUCGAAGUAUAUUUGAUUCAUCAUUUAACUACUACUCAUGAACAAUCACAGGAAUUUCAGCAGGAAUUUCCACUUCAUCAUUUAAUCAAUUCUCGUCAUCAAAUAACAUCAUCUCAACAGAAACAUUCCGCUUUCAUGAAUGAUACAGAAAUUUAUAUCCAUUUAAAAUUACAUAAAUUAAAUGAAUUAUUACAAAGGUUAACAGGAUCAUCUAUGCCUCAAUUACAAUGGGAUAAAUAUAAAAAACAAUGGGAUCAUUUAUUAAUGACUAAUCAUCUAUUACAAAUCAAAUUAUAUAAUCGUGCAAAUGAUUUAAAAUUAUGUCAAGAAUGGUUAGAUUAUUUAUUACAAUUCAAUGAUCAAUUAGAAAUAAUUAAUAAUCAAUUAAAACAAUUAAAUCAAUUUAUCAAAGAAAAUAAAACCAAUUCAGUUGAUACAUAUUUAAAUCGAUUACAAAUAGAUAUCAAUCAACUCGUUAUAUGGAUUGAAUCUGUAAAAACUUUAUUGUAUAGAAUAGAUCAUUCUGAAAAGAAAGAUCUUGAUGAUGAUAAUAAUCAUCAAUCAAGAUCAUACUUACAAAUCAAUAUUAUGCAUAGUUUAGAAUCUAUUCAAUUGUAUCAUACAAAUCUUGAAAAGAUUUUAUUAGAUAUAAGUCAAUGGAAUACAACAAUAAAAAAUGUAUAUGGUUUAUUAAAUGAAAUGAAUGAAGAAUUAUUAUGGAUAAAAGAUCAAAAUGAUUCAAUUAAACCCCUUGAAUUUCUUAAAGAGGAACUCGUUGAAAAUUUCGGUCAGGUUGGUGUACAGACUCAUCAUUUGCAAAGUAGAUUACAUCUACUUAAUAAGGAACUUCAGUUAAGAUACGGAAUUAAUUAUUAUGACCAUCAUUUUUCUUCAUCAAAUCAAACAUUGUAUGAAGAAUUACAUCAAAUUACAACUAAGUUGAACCCUAUGAAUUUCAACCAACUAACCAUGAAUGAUAUUUCCCUAAUGAGUAUUUUUAAUAACAUACAUCUUGAUGAAUACAAAUCAAAUGAAACUGAAGAAUAUAAUGGAAAUGAAAUCAUUGGGGACUUGAAAAAAUGCCCAUUACUACGAAUAUAUGAAGAUAUUAUAUUAUCUUUAGGAAAUAUGCAUCUAUCAAAUUUUCCUCUGGAUAAUUCAACAUGUACUAACGAUCAGAAUAUUCAACACGAAGAACGUUGUACAAAAGUAGUUGAAUUCGUUAAAUUGUUACAAAGACAAUGGAGUAAAUUACUGAUUGCAAUUAAAGACAUAAAUGGUAAACUGGCAAGACAUAAUCAAUAUUUAAAUGGAUUAUAUAGCUUGGUCAUGCUCAAUACUAAAAUCGAAGAAACUAAUUUAAGAAUUAGUGAAACAUACAAUAGUGUUCAGUUGACAUCAAUGCUUGCCGACUGCUGUCUUGAACCUGUUAGAGAUAAAUCAACUCAGAAUGAAGUAAUUGAUACGUAUAAAAUAAGAAUGAAAUCAACAACAAUGAAUAAAAAUGUUAUUACUAAUACAUUGGGAGAACAAAAAGCUUUAACAAUUAAUAAAGAAAUUGUGAUUAAUUCAACAUUAAGGCAAAUGGAUCAUAUAAUUGAACAGUUGAAAUUAUUUACUACUCAUUUAAAUGGACUACGAAAUGAAGUAUAUGCUUUUCUACCAGCCAGAUCUGUCCUGAAUGAAAAUGAUUAUUCAGAAUUUCAUCUCUUGAAGACCAAAUUAAAUAUUCUCUACAGAUCUAGAAAAUCCCGUGUGGAAGUAACAUUUCAGUCUGCUAAACAACAAAACACCAAUAAUGAAGACAAUUAUAACAGUGAUCGUAGUGAUGUAGUUUCACUAACUGGUCUACAAACAGUUGGUUCAUCAUUUCAAGAGGAUAUAGGUUCUGCUAUUUCUAAAUCCAGUCUUGAAGAUGAUAAAGAAGAGAAGAUAGACAAAAAUCAACUCCUAGGAACAACCACAUUGCAUGAAACACUGAAUUUACAACAAACUGAUUGUGAAAUGAAUUUGGAUGCUACUGAGUCUGAGAAUAGUCUACAGGGAUUGUUGUUUACAUCAACAAAACCUAUCAUUAGUAGUACUGAAGGCAAUGAGGAUAAUAAAUAUUCUGAACAAAUUUAUAGAACUCCGAUAAAUUCCCCUGAAGAACAUGAAUUACACAUAUUAUUACUUCCACAUAUUUCAAUGAUUGCUUAUCAUUUAUUAAAUAGGUUAAGUUUUAUUCAUAUGCAAUUCAUAGAUUGCUUAGAAGACAGUUUAAAAAUAAGAGAUAAAUUGGAACUUCAACGUAACGUUUUACGUCUUGUUGACAAUAUUGUAUCAAUGGGAAAUUGGAUUGAAGAAAAGGAGAGAAUUUUGUUAACAUUCAAUCCUGUAAUAUAUCCUUCGAUGGAGUUUUUAACAUCUUUACCAAUACCAUGUCCUAUUACUGUUACGGAAGAAAUUAUUCAUGCUAUAUCACAACUCUCUAUACAAGCUUAUCGUUUUAAAACGUUUAAACAUGAACUAAUAAGUCAUGCAAAUUUAAGAUUAAGUGAAAUCGGAAUGCUUAAUGAAGGAUUAUCGGAAAAUUUAAAGAAGCUUGACAAAGAAAGGGAUUUUAGUGUUCUUCAAUUUAUUCAGUCUACUAUAAAACUUAAUUUAUCAGUCGAGGAUUAUGUAAAUGACGAUGAAGAUGAUGUUGAUGAUGAUGAUAAUAAAGAGGCACAGGAGGAAGAGGAUUGUAGUGAAUCCAGAGAUAAACCAUAUGAAAUCAGUGUGGAUAAAGAAAUUAGUGAAGAAUUUGUUGAAACUAACCAUGAAAAUAAAAUGUUUUACCUCCGUACAUCGAAAAACUUUAGUGAUGAACAAACUGACGACAACAAUGUUGACGAACCGAAAUAUUCAAAAUUAUUAGAUUAUAUUAACAAGAAAUGGCAACGUUUGAAGCUUUUACUCAAUGCACGUCAUGAACGAUUUGAAUUGGCAGCAUAUUUAUCAAAAUACCAUACUUUAUGUCAAAGUACAAAAGAAUGGAUAAUACGUAAAAGAGAAUUACUCAUCUCAACUGAUGAUUUAGGCACAGAUUUAAAUAGUGUUAUGCAAUUACAAAGAAGAUUACUAGGUUGGGAAAAAGAUUUUAUUGCAUUACAAGAUGAAAUCCAAAGUCUUAAUGUAGAAGGUGAAAGAUUAUUGAAAGCCUUAAUACAGGAAGCUCCACAAAGAAGAGAUUUAUACCUUAUGUCCGGAGAAUUGUAUGCUUCAAAAGAAGUCAAUCAUUUAAGAUUAGAGUUGAAUCAGGAAUGGGAACUUUUACAAGUAGAGUUAAAAAGUCGACAAGACAAAUUAUUAGCUUCAGCUGAACUGCAACAAUUUUUUCAGGGUUUAGAUGAAAAUCAGUUAUGGUUACGUAAUAUUGAAAUUCGUGUAGCAACACAUCAAUUGCCACUGUCUGUAGAAGAAGCCAAAGCUGAAAUUGAUAUGCAUAAAGAGUUAGGUGAACAGAUUUUAGCUCGUAAAGAUGAAUAUAGUGAUUUAAUAAGUUACGGACGAUGUAUUACAGCUGGUGAAACAGAUGCACAUUACAUACAACUUGACCAACGUUUAGAUAGAUUAGAAAACGGUUGGUCAGAAUUAAUGCAAAUGUGGUCAUAUGAACAAAAACUUUUACAACAGAAUUUAAACUUCCAGAUGUUUUUACGUGAUGCACAUUUAUUUGAAACUCUAUUGUCAACACAAGAAAGUAAACUAAUAAAUUAUCAACUCAUAAAACAAAAGAAUACAAACGAUAUUCUUACUUCUUUGAAAUCUCAAAAUGAAAUUGUUCAAUGUUUAAUCAAUGCUAAUGAAUCAUUGAAUCAUUUAUGUGAUACCGGGAAUCAACUCGUUAUAGAUAAAGUAUAUUCAAUGGAGAAAAUACAAAAUAAAAUUUUUUUAAUAAAAAACAGAUAUAUCACACUACUUGGUGAAGCUCGUACACUAGUGGAUUCAACUAAAGAUUUAAUAGCACUUCGAGAGAAUAUGCAACAAAUUCAAACGCUCCAAGAAUGGCUUAUAGAAAAAAAAGAACUUGCUGAAGAAUACGAUCAGGCAGGUAAACUAUCAAAUAUGGGUUCACUGGUACCAUACAAAGUAUUCGUCAGUAAACAAUAUACACAACAUCGCGUACUUGAAAGUGAAAUUGAAUCUAAUAAUGAUCGUGUUGAACAGGUUUUCCAAAAUGUAGUCAAUACCAUUGUACAAUAUCCACGUAUUGCGGACCAAUUGAGUGAAUCACUUGGUAAUUUUAUGAUACUAUGGGAGAAUCUACGUAAAUUAAUACGGGAAAGAGGUGAUUAUAUGGUUCAGUUACAUAGGGCGAUUAUAUUUGAAGAUGGAUACAACGAAUUAAAUCGUUGGUUAGAUAAAUUUUUUAUAGAAUUUUUAUCUUUUAAAUCAUUUGAUCAAUUAAAACAAUUCGAAGAACAUGAUGAACAAGAUCCAUCAAUAAUGGUGGAAACUUUAAUCGAACAAUUCACAUCAGAAUAUAAUCAUAAUAUGAAAAUGAUUGAAGGAACAACAGAAUCAUCAAGUAACAUUUUGGACUAUCUUAUACAAAAUAAGUUUAUGAAUCAAAAUUGGACCAAUCAAGCCAAUAUACCAGGUUGUACUAGUAUGAAUGAGGUAUCUUCUCAUUUGAACAAAAUUACUGAGUGUUUAAUCAACAUUGAUGUAAAGAAAAAACUUUUAGUUGAACUUCAUUGGAAACAAUUUUUACCUACGCGAUAUUAGCAAUAACCAGUAGUAAAAAUUAUUCAUGGAAAAUAAGAACUAAUACAAUGAUACAAUAAUAAAUAUUCACUUGGUAUUGUUU